GGGGCAUUCAAAAAAACACUAACAAGUCUCACGUUACUGGUGCCCCCUCGAGCAAAUCGAUGAACAUCGGGAGGACAGUGCUACACGUCCUGUGUCUGCACGUACUUAACACCCAGCGACACCUUUUCUCCGACCCCUACUCCCCAAGUACAAGCUCCCUAAGACCCUAGAGUUGUCCUAUCACUGCCCUCCUGAUAGUCCAGAGACAGGAUUCAUCAGUGUAGGAGCUCAAAGAAAAUUGGUUGGAUGAAAGAAAUGCACAUUACUGAAGGGCCCGUUUUGUUGUUGUUGUUGUUGCUGCUGCUGUUGUUUUGGCUGUUUUUUUAAAGACCCUCUCGCCGCCCCAAACUCAUCAGGUGCGAACACCUAGAAACGCCUUUCUCGCGUCACGUGCUUGCACUCUUGAAAUAGCUGUCCUCGAGGACACGCGUCUCCGAGCGGCCGUUCCCAGUCCGGAUUUGCAAAGCGGCAAGCGGCGGCGGGGCGGGGCGGCCCGGCGCGGUCGUCGUCGAGGCUUCUCCUUCCCGAGAGAGACGUCGGGUGAGCACUAGGGCCCGGAGGCCCCCCGGGGCGCAGCGCUGAGGCAGGGGUGAGGACGCGCGGGCCGGGCGCGCCGUGAGUGGCGCUCCCCGGGGAUGCUCCUGACGGGGCGGAGCCACCACCCGCGAACCGGUGGGCCGGCUGGGGCCGUCAGACCCGGUGGGGCUGCUGCUUUCGUCAAGGGCCCGCGGGAGGGGAGGUGGGGGGAUGAGAAAGUCAGGCUAGGCUGUCGGGGGUAAAAAAGAAAAAAGAAAAAGAAAACCCAACGUUCUUCUGAUCGGAAGCGGGAAAGCCACGGAGGUCGAAGAAAAGAAGCCCGGCUCUUGAAACCCCAAAACGGCCCAGCGACACCCAAGCGCAGGUGUUUCAUGGAUUAACUUUUCUUUGGUUACAUAUACAACAGCAGUCUAGUUAUGGCAUCUUUCCAGGCCUUCAGAAACAGACGUAUGAAGAUCAGGGCAUCUGUCAGAAAAAGCUUCAGUGAAGAUGUAUUUCAGUCUGUGAAAUCAUUACUACAGAGUGAGAAGGAACUGUGCAGCAUAUCAACAGAGGACUGUUUAAAGCAGGAUGAGCAUGCCAAGUUAUCUGAGGUUACAUUUUUAGGUUUUAAUGAAGAGACAGAUGCUGCUCACAUUCAGGAUUUGGCUGCUGUUUCUUUAGAACUUCCAGCUCUUCUGAAUUCACUGCACUUCUGCAGCCUAAAUGAAAAUGAAAUUAUCUGUAUGAAGGAUAUAAAUAAAUCAUCAGAUAUGAACAGUGGCCCUCUAAACCGGAGUAACCAUUCUGGAAUGCUUUGUGUCAUGAGAGUGUCACCUACGUUGCCAAGACUCAGAAUUGAUUUCAUCUUUAGUCUUCUAAGUAAAUAUGCUACUGGUAUAAGGUACACACUAGACUCAUACUUGCAUCAGAAACGCCAACUUGAGACCACUAAUGAAGAUGAUGAUGAUACCAACCAGUCUGUGUCUUCCAUUGAGGAUGACUUUGUUACUGCUUUUGAACAAUUAGAAGAAGAGGAAACUUCAAAACCAUAUAAUGAGGGAAUAAACAUUGCUGCAGCAAGGAGCCAGUGUGAUGCUGCUUCACAGACAAUUUCUGGUCACCAUGUAGAAACCCAGGAUGUGAAGAUUCUGGAUAGAUAUGGGCAGCAGAAGUCAUCUCCCAAAGCCUCAGUGUCCCUAACGAGUACUCUGGGACAUAAAGAACUGACUUCAGUGAAAGCUUCCGUCACAACAUCAGUGUCUGAGCCUUGGAUCCAGAGGAGUUUUUAUAGGUCAUCCACAGCAGCUUUGGGUAAAGAUGGUGACGCCCAGAAAACAUUGUUUUCUUCUUCUCCCGCCUAUUCAUCUGAAUCGGAAUGUUCAAGUCCAAGUCCUAUCAUUUUCUUGGAUGAAGAGGGAUAUCAAAAAAGUUUAAAAGCCAAACUUGAUCUCCCUAAAAUUCCUGUGAUGAAAGAUGACAUAGAAGAUUCAGACUCAGAGGUCAGUGAAUUUUUUGAUAGUUUUGACCAGUUUGAUGAACUUGAGCAAACUUCAGAGACUGCUUGUCCGUGUCCAAAAGAGCCAGACACGGGGAAGCCAUCACACAAGAAGGGAAACAAACAUGAAAAAUCCUGUUCUGUAACCACUACUAUGAAUCCUCAGAAAUUCAAGUUCGAUCGUCCGGUUCUCCCAGCUAAUGUUAAAAAGCCAACUCCUCGUAAGCCAGAGUCCCCUUAUAGUAGCCUGUGUGAUGCUCCAGAUUCACCUCGCCCAGUGAAGGCCUCAGGGGAAGACAGUGGCUUGUUUAGCCCUAUUCGAUCCUCAGCUUUUAGUCCUCUGGGAGGCUGCCCUCCUGGGUGUUUUUGCCAAAUAGAAACUGGUGGAGAUGAUAUUCAUGAAAAUUUCGACACUGUUCAUUGUAUGUAUGAAGAUUAUGCAGAUAUCCUUUCAUGUGAAGUACUGGAUUCAGUUCUUCAUAGUCCAUCUACAAAUGUAAUACCAGACACUGAAAAUAUUGAGAAGGAAGAAAAGCCUCUAGCUCUUACGUGUGGAAGCCUUGAUUCAAAAAGUAAAUCUAAAAAUAAACCUUUAAUGAUUAAAGAUAGUAUACAGAAAUUUGCAGCAGAUCUUGUGGAAAAAAGUAUUGGUAGCGCUUUCAAAGACUUACAGAAAGGAGUCUCUUCAUGUACCAAUGCGUUGUGCCACUUAGCCAUCAAAUUGACAUCCUCUGUUUUUCAGAUGGCAUUUAAUGAACUGAAAAGGCAACGUGCAUUUUCACUGAGAGAGCAUGCCAUUAGUGGUCUGGCUAAUUUUUUGGUGAGUGAGGCUUUAUCAAAUGCUUUACAAGAUUUACAGUAUGUUAAGAAGCAGAUAUUUACCAAUACAGUUGCAAGGUUUGCCGCAGAUCUUGCUGAAGAGCUUGUAUUUGAAGGCAUCAUGGAAGUGUGCCAGUUUUCAUACCCUCCAACCCCUGCAUCUCCACAGUGUUGCUCAUUUGACUAUGAGGACAAAGUUGUGAAGUCAUAUGCAAAAGAUUUGUCAGAAUCUGUAAUACAGGAAGCAUUUAUUGAGCUGUCACAAAUUGAUGUGGCCUUCACACCGAAGGCAGCUGUUAGUGUUUCUACAAAUAACAUAAACUGUGUGAGUGCAGAAAACAUGCCAGUGACACAGACCACCUCAUUUCCCUCCACUUCUAGUGGUCCAACAGUUACAUUGAUAAAACCAGUGCAGGACUAUAAAAAAGAGUACACAGUUCAGCAAGCCUUGUUUUGUACUUCCGGAAUUGCUACUUCUGUACCAGUGCCCUUGGCAGGAAGUACCCUUCUUCCAUACCAUAUUUCAUCUGAUGUAUGUCAGGUAGGGUCUGCUCUCUUUUCUGAUGACAGUAAUUCAAAUGAUGAUUCUCAGCAAGCACAUGCUACAACGAAAAGCAAAGAAGAAGUAGCUUGUUUGAGAAAUAUUUGUUUACCUUCAGAACAGAGUAAUCCAGAUGAUUUUAUAACAAGAAAUGAUGAUACUGCAAUGAAAAACUCAAAAUUAACUAGUGAUCCUGUGAUUAUUGGCAACUUUUCUGCAGCAGUGGUGCAUACAGUACUAAAUGAAUCUUUAGAAUCAGUGACAUCAUCUAAAGUUACAAAGCCAGUUGAUGAGCACAUGGAUUGUUUAACUAAAAUAGUGAAUGGAAGCACCUCUCCUUUUUACUCUGAUCAAGCAGACCAGCAGUGGAGUGAUGCUAGCAAUGAGGACAUGUUUGCUGAUAGAUUAUCUGAAUCUAUUAUUAGACAUUCCAUGGAUACAAGUAAAUCAGUAGUUCUAAAUCUAGAUAAAAAUUUGAUACACAAGGAAGACUUAUCUGUUCCUGGAGAAGAGUCACAAUUGACCUUGGAAAAGUUCCCUAAAUGUCCAGAUGGUCAAGAUCAUUUAACUCCCUCAUCACUUUCAGUAGAAAAGGAUUGUGUCCCGGAAUGUAAAGGCUCUGUGGCUCAUGAAUUUUCUUCAGAGACACUGCCACUUUGUCCAACGAUGGCAAAUCAGAAUCUUGAUUUGAAGGAACUUGCUAAGGACAGAUCAGUGAGAAAGCAUAGUUUGAACAGCACAGCACUCGAGUCCUUGUGUUUGGGGCAGGAAAGCUCUUUCCCCCAUUCACAUACUUUCUCAUCCACAGUGCUUACAUGUGUAGAUGGUUUGCAGGUAGAAGAUAAACAGAAGGUCAGAGAUGGAAAUGUAAUCCCGGAUACUCCACCAUCUACUCCUCUAGUACCAUCCCAGGCUAGUUCUGAAUGGGAUAUCAAGAAGUUAACCAAAAAGCUUAAGGGGGAAUUGGCUAACGAAUUUGCUCCCGCUACACCACCGUCUACUCCUCACAACUCAUCUGUUGGUAGUUUGUCUGAAAAUGAACAGCAUGCUAUUGAAAAAGAGGAGUUCAUGUUGAAACUCAUGCGAUCUCUUUCAGAGGAAGUUGAAAGUAGUGAAGGAGAAGAGCGGCCGGAAGGGGAUACGAAGCCAGACUGCUCAGGGGAGAACGUACAGUUUGCAGAAGCACUGGCCACCAACAUCAUUUCUUUUGCGACUGAAGUGGCUGCUUCCCAUUUAGAUCAUAAAAUAACUCAAGAGACAAAGGGUAGAAGCCCCUGCUUAAAUGUACAAAAUCAAAGAGGUAUAUCUCCUGCUUUUUUAAAUCACUCUGAUGAAAAUUUACAAACAGUGCACAAUUUUGCAGGUGAUAUAGCAGCAGAAGUCAUUACAGAGGUAGAGAAAAUAGCAAAAGUGAGAAGUUGCACUCUUUCCAGGCCAAAGAACAGCUGUUACAGUGACAGUGACAGGGAUCAUCGGUCAGAGAAGCUAGAUAUUGAGUCUGUAGCACCUUCAAGGGAAAUGGAUCCAUUUUUUCUUUCUCUUCCACCAAGUUCUUGCAUGUUAGGACUGACCUAUAAGUAUCCCAGCUGUGAAAGUGUAACCGAUGAGUACGCAGGUCACAUUAUCCAAAUACUCAAACAGGAAGGUGGUAAUAGUGAGUUAAUAAUGGAUCAGUAUGCCAAUAGACUUGCUUAUCGAUCUGUUAAAUCGGGAUUGCAAGAAGCAGCUAAGACAACCAAAAGGAAGAGCGAUUCAGACAUGUUGCCUGUGCAGAGCUCACAGGUGAAAGCCAGCAAUGAUAAAGAAUGCCAUCAGGAAGUAGCUAAAAAAAGACAAAGUAAAAGAAAUGGAGGCUGCUUUCAUAAACUUCAGACUUGUGAAUGGACUCAGGAUAUACGUAGAAAUGAGCACUCGGAGCUGUACAGUUUUUCCAGUUCUCUUGCUCACAACAUAACAAAAGAUGUUAAAAAAGAGCUGACAACUACUGUAGCUGGCUUGCCCAAAUCCUUAACCGAUUCUUGCCUUUAUGAAAAAGCUGGGUGUGAUGAAGAUACUGAGUCUUACACUGAGUCAGAAUUUUCCCAGCGUCCCCAGCCGUCCUCAGAUACUCAGAGAUUUUACCAAAGUACAGGCAGCUUAAAUGGCUAUAAUCAUGGGAAGAACAUUGUCCAUGCAAUAGAAAAGUAUGCUCAGAAAGUAGUUGAUGACACCUUAGAGCUGAGUUUAAGACCCACAGUGUUUCAUAGGUCUAAGAAGGCAAAAAUGGCAGAGAGGAUCACUUAUGCAGAAAAGUUGUCACCUCUUCUAAGUCACAGUUGCAGGCACUGUGACCGGAAAGAACUGCAUGAUUGCACUGGAAACUCAUCUCAGCUCCUUUUCAGACAAGAUGCAUUUGCUGGUUGUAAGUCAAUUAAUAAUCCAAGACACAGCAACUUCUUUCAGAAAUCUAGAAUUUUUCAUCUUGAUGUCCCUCAAAUUCAUGUUGAUCUUGAUAAGAAGGUAGUGCUCGCUGAGAAGAUAGUUGCUGAAGCGAUUGAAAAAGCAGAGAGAGAGCUGAGCAGUACCAGUCUGGCAGCUGAUAGUGGAAUUGGACAGGAUGGCAUCAGCUUUGCCGAAAGCCUAAGCACGGAAAUAAUGACGUCAGCGAUGACAAGUCACGGACAUUUUAGCAGUCCAAAAGAAAUAGAAGACAUUCACCCAACCGAGUCUUUUGGUAGCCAGCAGAUGAACGUCAGUAUUGGUGAGGACAGCACUGGUAGCUGGUCCAACUUAAGUUUUGAAGAUGAACCCCAGGAUGAGAGCAGCAGUUUCCAUCAUCUAAGUGAAAGUAAUGGUAACAGCAGUAGCUGGAGCAGUCUUGGUUUAGAAGGAGAUUUGUGUGAGGACAAUUUAUCCUUUCCAACAUCAGACAGUGACGAGCCAGAUGACGAAGAGGAUGAGGAUGAUGAAGAAGGUCUGGAGCAAGUUGGAAAGACUUUGCUUAUUACAAAUAUUGACAUGGAGCCAUGCACCGUAGAUCCCCAGCUAAGAAUCAUCCUUCAGUGGCUUAUUGCCUCUGAGGCCGAGGUUUCAGAACUUUAUUUUCACGACUCUGCAAAGAAGGAAUUUAUACUACUUUCGAAGCAAUUGCAAAUGAAAGGCUGGAAAGUGGGAGACCUUCUCCAAGCUGUGCUGAAAUACUAUGAAGUAAUGGAAAAGAUUUCCAGUGAGGAGAAAUGCAAGUCACUGUUUGAUUGGCUCUUGGAAAAUGCAUAGAAUUCCCAAACCCAGUGUAUCUUAUGAUUUGUUUUGUGAGAGGAAGAAACAAAGGUACAUAGGGAAAGCUUUGAGCAUUGAGUAGUAAUUUUUAAAGCAAAGUGGAAGGAAAGUAAAUACAGCUUUUUAAGCACAUUGUGUCACCAUGGUGUAUAUAGUUCAUACUUUUGUAAUCUUUGUCAAAAUAUUGUCUUCGUUUAUUCUUCUAUACAUAUGUAUAGUACCUUGAGACCCUAAGAACAUGUAUUUGAAGGAAGGUUUAACCAUGAAGUUUUCAGGGAUGUUGAUGGCAUUCUUUUUUGCAUCUUAAUAGUGCUGCUAGAACCUGCACCAAGAUGGCUGAGGAUAGGUUCCAGGGACAAAGAGUUAUAAUUUUGCUCCUUUGCAAACAAAUGGUGUUCUAUUAAUAAAUACUCGGAUUCCAAAAAUAGUUUAGAGGCUACUUUAAUUUUUCCUACAGAUAUUUUUGGUCUUGGUUUUAAAGGUCCUUUUUCAUUGACUCUCCCAACCUUAGAAACAGGGUUAUGGGUUUCUAUAACUACUAUAAAUGUUAGGUUCUUCAUCCUUUCAUCAAAUGACAUUAUUUGCCAAUGUUGCCAGUCACUCUGGCAAGAAAAUUUGUGUGUGCAUGCGUGUGUGUGCAUGUGGGCGUGUGUGUGAGAUGAAGUUCAUUAACCUUAUUAACCUUACUGAUAGUUUGUGCCCUCCCUUCCCCUUUUUGUUAGCCAUUCACUGUUAACAUUAAAAGGUGCUUUAAAAUAAAAUGUCUAUAAAGAUUCUGCAGUAAGCAUUUUUUUCUUUUUGACUUUUUUUUUUGGGUCUCACAAUUUAGUCUAUAAAUGGAAAUAAGGGCACAGAACAUGUUAAAAUUAAAUUAGUAUCAAAUAUAAAUGCACUUAGAGGAGCCCAGUAGCAAUUUUCAUUGUUGGAUAUUUUUGGAAAACAAUUCUGCUUUAGCCAAGGACAAACUUUUUUACAAAAAAAUGGGAAUUUUCCCCUACCCCCCACACUCACACAUUCAUGCACAAUAUUUUUCUCUAUUUUGUAAAGUCUUCUGACAAUGAUUUCUCUGGGCUCUGUUUUUGUCUUUAGAAAUUCCAAAUUAAUUUGAAUAAGAAACUGAGACUAUGUCUUGGUUUUGGAUGUGAGGGUAUAUAUGUGGAUUUUUUUUCAUUCUUCCAUGAGAUUUUUUUUAAUCUAGAAUUAAUGAAUUUAUGGAUACCUUUGGUUUUACUCCAUUACAUUGUCUCUUUCCAUGCAUACUGACGGUUCUAAGAGCUCUACAAAAUGUUGGAAGUCAUAGCACCCACCCAGACUCAAGGAAUAAUAGCACUUACAUUCAUUUUAACCGAUUAUUAUUAUAAAGAAAGGUAUUUUAUAACAAAAUAGUCACAUUUGCUUUUUAAGGAAAACAUGACUAUUUUGAGCAGACAUUUUAAGCAGUUUUUUUCCUUCAAUUUUAAGAUAAAGAAAUAGAGUGAGUCUUGAAAUAAAUUUACCUAGAGUUUUUUUGAGCUAUUUUGAAAGUAGGAAAUAGAUAAUCAGAAUUGUUUCUUUCACCUUUUAGAAUUUGAGUUGUAGCAGCACUGGAGUGGGUUUUUUAAUGUUAGGCCUAGAUUGUUAAUUAUAAUGUGGGUCAACUGAUGAUUAAGUUUAGAUUAAAUAUUUUAAAGUAUAUAACCAUCAAGUUGUAUUUAACAAUUUGGAUGUACGUAUGGGUUUGAUUAACAGCAAAACCAAGUUCUGAAUUUCUUUUAAACUCAAGUGACAAUUUACUUUUGUAAAACUUUCUGUGCUUGACAAUGUUUCUCUUUAUUUCUCUUAUAGUAAUAAUCAUUUUGAGCUGUGCUCAUUAUCUUUUGUUUCCUUUGCAUUUUUUCUGGAGCUGUGCUGGGCUUUGAGUUCCCUUAUUUAGCCACUACUUAGUGACAGAUAAGUCAUUAGGUAUUAGCAUGCAUAGUAAAAAUCAGUGUGGAACUCAACACUUGUAUCAGUUCAGUACAGGGGCAUAGAGAAGAAUAAUAGAUAUUGGCAGAUAUGAAAAGGAGCUUGAGUUAAGUUUCUUUAUAUAGAGAAAUAAAUGUUUUGCUUUUUGAACAGUAUCAUCUAAUCAAGUAUAGUUUAAAAUCUACUUAAUUUAAAGGCACUUUGUAAUUUUCCAAAGAUGUUCAAGACCUGCUUGGUUGCUCAGUCUUCAGCUGUUAAGGACAAUCCUCACUGUCUUGUUUUAUUACAAAACUUUUUGACAUAUUGCUAAUACUGUCAUAUUGCCAUCAUACACCUUGGGAGCUGUUCAACACGUGUUGCAUAUUAAGGAUGUCCUCCUGGGAGCUGUUCAACACGUGUUGCUAUUAAGCUGAAUUUCAUCAGUUUUGGAACCAUCAAAUGAUCUAUGAAUGGCGAGUGCACAAGGUCUCCUGUGGUAUGGGGUGCCAGGAGGGCUGUCUUGAACAUUAUUUGAGGCUGAAAAGCAGUAUUUUUUUGUUUCUUUUUGAGCUAUACCCAGCAAUGCUCAGGGGUUACUCCUGUCUCUGUGUUCAGGAAUCCCCCCUGGCUGUGCUCAGGGAACCACAUGGGAUACCUGAGAUUUAACCUCGGUAAGCCGCAUGCAAGGCAAGCACCCUAGCCGCUGUACUAUCUCUCCAGCCCCCCAAAAAUGUGGUAAUUCUUUCAUACUUGUCCCAAGUCAAAUUUAAGUAACAUUUUAUAUUUUAGGCUUUAUGAUGUUGAUUUUUAACACUAGUUUCUUCAUUUGUAAAAGAAUGACUCAUAUAUAUACACAUGUAUAUCCAUAUAUAUGUUACAAAAGAAAAUGUCUAUUACAUGGUUUAAUACAAUUAAAUGGAGUAAUAAAGCCUUUGAGAGUAUUCACUCUGUGAAUAUAUGUGAAAAUAUCUGUAUGCCACUUACCCUUUUAAAUAUUUAAUAUGGUUAGUUCAAUCUAUAAUACUUUUAUUUUGCCUGAGACUUUAUGUUGCUUUUUGUUGCUGAGAGGAGAAUUUAAUGACUUUUCAUGUGCACCACAAAUAAGGUGAACGAUAACGGACCCGUGUGCCUUUGACAUCAGGGCACAUUCUCCAAAUGCCAAGUUUAACUUUGACUCUUCUCUAGAGUCCAGCCUCAAAUGACUGCUUAGUUAAUUAACUAGCUAACAUUAUUCUUGCAUAGCCAAUAUUACCCACUUUCUCAUGGGUAUGCUAUUUUUAAUUUUAUGUUUUUCAAAGUAAACCUUACACAGAAUUUUUAAAAAUGAAUUCACCCAUGCUCAAAGUGAAGGGAAAACACUUUCCGUUUAAAACUCUGCCCACCUGUGACCAACACAAGUGGAUUAGAGCUUCCCUGGGAAUUAAAGAUUGAACUCUAGAGCGAUGAAUUUUCCCCCUCAUUUUCAGUCAAAGACCUUGCACAGAUCUAUUUACUCACUCACUGUAUUCCAGUUCGAAGAUGCAGAUACAGUGGGUGUAACUCUGGUCACUUUAUUUAUUUAUUUUUUGUACCAUCUAUGUACAUUCCUUUUACAUGGGUAGAGUUGUAGUUUUAGAAGUUCAUUGUUUUGUUUUUGUUGUAAUGUUUGAAUACUAUUUAAUAUCUGGUUUUAAUAUUGCUGGGUUUGCUACCUUUGGUUACUUGUGCAGUGUUAAAAGUAAUUCCACAUUCUUGUUUAAUAGAUCAGUACAUAGCAAAAGCAGCUUUGAAUAAUUCUGUUGAUUUGACUGUACUGAAUUAUUACAUUAAGAUCUUGUAUAACUAUUUUUUUCUCCUCACUAAUUUAAUAUGUUCAUUUAAUAAAAUCUUUGCAUUAAAAUUUUGUUUUAGCAAGUGACUCAAAAUAAGCAUUUCAGAAUUUACUUUUGUAAUAAUUUGCGGUUAGUUGCUCUUUUAUCUUUUUUUCAGUUCUUCAAGUCUGUAAUCUUCCUCUCCCAACUAAGAAUUCUCCAAUAAACUUAAGAGAUGCCUGGC